CUAGGUUUUGAGCCAUCCGCUGGCGCUGCGCCUCAAACCCUGGAGGCCGCGAGGCGGACACGAACGUCGAAUGCGCCUGCCCCACAGCCAGGCUAGGUGCUACUCCAGCAAGCCUUCCAAGACGCUCGACCUUUGUUGCUGACCCGAUCCAAUUCUGUGCCUCCUUUUCACGACUUUCCUUUGCAGCCUUGCCUUUUCCUCCUACGACAGCAUUGCUACCUAACUGUUGUUUCUUACCCCUCACCCACCCCCACCACCAGCUGAACGCGCCUGAUAGGCAUCCCAAAUCUCACCCUCAGCCUGAGACGACGCUCGCGGCAGUCAUAUAACUGCUUACCAGCUCGCCCAUCAUGAUGACAAACAUGCUCAACAAGCUGCACGGCCAGCCCGACAGCUAUGAUCGCAAAUCACGAUACCGUUUCGGAAAGACACUCGGCGCCGGAACCUACGGUAUCGUCAGAGAAGCUGACUGCCCCGAGGGCAAGGUCGCUGUGAAGAUCAUCUUGAAGAAGAAUGUGCGCGGCAACGAGCAGAUGGUGUACGACGAGUUGGAGAUGCUGCAGCGCAUGAAGCACCCUCACAUUGUCAAGUUCCACGAUUGGUUCGAGUCAAGGGACAAGUACUACAUUGUGACCCAAUUGGCGACCGGAGGAGAGCUGUUCGAUCGCAUUUGCGAAAAGGGCAAGUUCACAGAAAAGGACGCCGCUGAGACAAUCCGACAAGUACUCGAUGCAGUCAACUACCUCCACAAGAACAAUGUCGUUCACAGAGAUCUCAAGCCAGAGAACCUGUUGUACCUCACACGCGACGCAAACUCCUCCCUCGUACUUGCGGAUUUCGGUAUCGCCAAGAUGCUUGACUCGAAGAGCGAAGUCCUGACCACCAUGGCUGGCUCGUUCGGAUACGCUGCUCCUGAGGUCAUGCUCAAGAAGGGCCACGGAAAGCCCGUUGACAUGUGGUCCAUGGGCGUCAUUACAUACACACUUUUGUGCGGAUACUCGCCGUUCCGGUCAGAGAACCUUGCGGACCUGAUUGAGGAAUGCAAGAACGGUCGCGUCAUCUUCCACGAGCGCUACUGGAAGGAAGUGAGCCCCGAAGCCAAGGAAUUCAUCAAGAAGCUGCUAGAGCCCAACCCAGAUAAGCGACCAACCAGUGAAUCCGCCCUCAAGCACGUUUGGCUCAGCGGAAGCACUGCUACAGACCACAACUUGGUGCCAGAGAUCAAGGCGUACGCGGCAAAGGCCCGCCUCAAGCGCGGCAUCGAGCUCGUCAAGCUUGCCAACCGCAUCGAAGCGCUCAAGAUGCAAGAAGACGAGGAAGAGGAUGUACCAGGAGAGGCAGACGUGCCCGCCAACGCCCGCGAGGCCGCAGGCGAAGCCAUUGCAUCGCAUUCCGAGGACAAGAGUUUGGCAACCAAGGAGAACGCAGACACAGGCAAGGGACCCGGACGCCUAAGCAGAAUCGCAAAGGGUGCCAUCUUCCGGGAAGUUGUGCUAGCCAAGGUGCGCGAGAUGAAGGAAGCGGAGGCGCGCGCAGAGUUCGAGAAGAAGGCGUCGGAGCCGGCGCAGAAGUAAGAGGGGGUUUUUGAACGACUUUCCUUGUUUCUGGCGUGAUCCUACAAACAUGUUGAGUUUGCUGCAGUAUUAGCGGAGAUCUCGUUUCCCAAGUAUACCCCUGGAAGAUAGCGACCAGGCCCCACUACCUAGAAACAGUUGAUGGGUGAUACAUUUAUGCUGCUGUUUGAAGCGUGAUGCUGCAAGUGGAAAGCGUUUACUAUUUGUCGCCGGCAUGGUGUGGUGAAGGACGCAUCUGGU